CUGUACCCUAUUUUCUACACCGUUUCUUUCUGAAAUUAGCCUCGCGAGACAUCAAACGCGUGCAUUUACGACAGUCUUUCAAUGCAUCAAUUUGAAAAAAACUAUUGUCAUCAAAAAUAACGAGAGAAUGGUGAAGGAGAUGAUGAAGUGUGUGAGCCACCAGCAGGCCAGCCAGCUGCUGCAUAACAAGUUCAUUUUGGUUCUUGGAGACUCAAAUCAGAGGGCUGUGUACAAGGACAUUGUCCUGUUGUUGCAGAAGGAGAAAUAUCUCUCUUUAAGACAACUGAAGACGAAGGGAGAGAUGAGCUUUGAACAGGACUGCCUGGUGGAAGGAGGUUGUAUGAGUAAGAUGCACAAUGGAACAGGGUACAGGGAGGUCCGGCAGUAUCAGUCCGAUCACCACCUGGUCCGCUUCUACUUUCUGACCCGCAUCUACUCUGACUACGUGAAGAGCAUCCUAGAGGAUUUCCGCCUUGGAUUGAAACCAGAUGUAGUCAUUCUCAACUCCUGCGUUUGGGAUAUUUCAAGAUACAACUCCAGUUGGAUUGAUAUCUACAAGGAGAACCUACACAAGUUCUUUGGUGAGCUGCGUGAGAUCAUGCCAGAGGAAACGCUGGUGAUCUGGAACAUCACCAUGCCAUUAGGAGACAGGAUCAAGGGUGGUUUCCUGGUACCAGAGAUUGAGCAGAAGGCAUCCCACUUGCGUUAUGAUGUGAUCGACGCCAACUUCUUCAGCGGGACUCUGGCUGACGCCUAUGGGAUGGAUACGUUGGACCUCCACUUCCAUUUCCGCUUCUCCCUGCAGCAUCGCGUGAAGGACGGAGUCCACUGGAACGCCCUCGCCCAUCGCAAGAUAACCUCUCUGCUGCUCCAGCACUCUGCACAGGCCUGGGGCGUUAUCCUGCCCUGUCCACUGAAAACUGUUGAACAUACUGAGAUUACUGCACAGCAGCCAACCAAUGGAAAUGCUACCAAACCUGGAGUGGCAAAACGUUCCUUUUACCAGGACCAGCAACCCAACAAUUUUCUGGAUCGACUACAACCAAUGGGAAGUUCCUACGACCGCUACAGGCUGGAUCCCUGGAACGAUUCCUUUGGUUACAUAAACAUGGAGAACAUCCCAUCACCGCCGCCGCCUCACCUGUCCUUCAACAGACAUUGGCACUUUAGAAGCAGUGACUACUUCAGGCCUCAUCACCAUGUGGAUACCUACUACGAGCCGCACCAUCAGUACGUGAUGAGGAACAGACACGCCAUGCACGUCACCUACGCUCCCUACCCCCAGCACAGACCCAGUGCAGGCCAUGCGGGCCAGUAGUACUGAGGCAGGCAUAGAGAUUUAGAUUCUUUUUUUGUGUACAUUUGUUCAAAUUUCAUGUUGGUGUUUUUUGUCCUCUGGCAUGAAAUGUAGAUUUUAAAUAGAUUUAGAAUUUUAAGAAUUUUUAUACUAUACUGUUCCUAAAUAAA